AUGCGUGUUCAGAGGAAGGAGGGGGUGUCUACCAAUCGAUGUCUCUUUUCACUCCUCAGACUGGGAUCAGGAAAAGGAGACAUCAAGUCUGCCCCACGGAGCAUCCCCCAGCCGAUGUCUCCCUCUGAUUUCCUGGACAAACUUAUGGGCCGAACAUCAGGGUAUGAUGCUCGCAUCAGACCAAAUUUCAAAGGCCCGCCUGUCAACGUGACAUGCAACAUCUUCAUCAACAGUUUUGGUUCGGUCACAGAAACCACUAUGGACUACCGUGUCAACGUCUUCCUACGGCAGCAGUGGAAUGACCCACGCCUGAGUUACCGGGAGUACCCUGAUGAUUCACUGGACCUUGACCCUUCCAUGCUUGACUCCAUCUGGAAGCCAGAUUUGUUCUUUGCCAAUGAGAAGGGAGCCAACUUCCAUGAGGUCACUACAGACAACAAACUUCUGCGCAUUUUCAAGAAUGGGAAUGUGCUGUACAGCAUCAGGUUGACACUGAUCCUCUCUUGUCCCAUGGAUCUCAAGAAUUUCCCUAUGGACAUCCAGACGUGCACCAUGCAACUGGAAAGCUUUGGCUACACCAUGAACGACUUGAUAUUUGAGUGGGUGAAGGAGCAGGAAGCUGUCCAGGUGGCUGAGGGCUUGACACUCCCUCAGUUUAUUCUACGGGAUGAGAAAGAUCUGGGCUAUUGCACGAAAUCUUACAACACAGGGAAGUUCACCUGCAUUGAGGUGAAGUUCCAUCUGGAAAGACAGAUGGGCUACUAUCUGAUCCAGAUGUACAUUCCCAGCCUGCUGAUUGUCAUUCUCUCCUGGGUCUCUUUUUGGAUUAACAUGGAUGCUGCGCCAGCCCGCGUGGGGCUCGGCAUUACCACAGUGCUAACAAUGACCACCCAGAGCGCCGGUUCUCGGGCUUCUCUGCCAAAGGUCUCCUACGUCAAAGCGAUUGACAUCUGGAUGGCUGUCUGCCUGCUCUUUGUCUUUGCGGCCUUGCUGGAGUACGCAGCAGUCAACUUUGUCUCACGCCAGCACAAAGAGUUCAUGCGCCUGCGCCGAAGGCAGCGGCGGCAGCGAAUGGGUCUGACCAGCCAGACGCCCAGCCUGGAGUCCCUGCAGGAACUGGAUGCCCUGCCCAGCAGCGAGUCCACGUCCGAGACCCUCUCUCUAUUCGGCAGCACCGACUCCAGGGAAGAGGAGAUAGUUCGCGAAAGCCGAUUCUACUUCCGGGGCUAUGGCCUGGGCCACUGCUUGCACAUGAAGGACGGAGGAACCAUGGAGAGCCCCAAGAUCUACAGCCCACCACCUCCAACCUCACUCCUGAAAGAUGGAGAGAUGAUCCGAAGGCGUUACUUGGACAGGGCUAAGCGGAUUGACACCAUCUCCCGGGCUGUCUUCCCUUUCACAUUCUUGGUGUUCAACAUCUUCUAUUGGGUGGUCUACAAAGUGCUACGUUCCGAGGAUAUCCACCAAGCUAUGCCCUGA